AGCAAGUCACCAAAGCCUGCUCGAAAGCAUGUGACGACGGCCUGCAACCCUUGCAGAGAGGGCAAAGUGAAGUGCGACGGAGUCACUCCCGCUUGCGGGAAUUGCGAGGCAAAAGGCAAGAGAUGCUCUUAUCGCCAAGUUGAUGACAGGCGCAAAAUCCCGGUACGAGUAAGCUUCGGUAUUUUGGCUAAAAGAAUAAACCAGCUGGUACUUUACAUUGAAGGGCAGGGUUUGGAACUUUCUUGCAUGGACGAGAGCGACAGUUUGAUGAUCCAAAGCAUAUUUGAUGCGCUUGGACCGGAAUGUUAUGGUCUUACGACUGGGAAGGAUACGUCGACUGCAAAGCGGGGCAUUGAUGACACCAAACCUGGUCAAGAUGGUCCGCUCUCUCCAAAUGCAAUACCACCUCAUCAGAAAGCGGUUGCCGCCUCCUCUUCACCGUCCACCGGUGCAGUUCCGCAGGAGCCUCUAGACGCGCAGAGCCUUGUAUCCUCAGUAGCACAGCCAGUGCAAGACAUCUCGGGGAGAAUCUCAGAGGUGCUGAAAGGUGACAACAUAGCAUGUACGUCCCUACGAAGUCAAAGGGAUGAACUGCUGAACACGACGACGAUCCCUAGGACGCCAGCUGCCUCGGCAUGCUCCUCUGACUCUACCGAACCUAGACGUCGACCUCAGCCCAACCCUCCUCAUGAUAUCGAGGAGGACGAAGAGGAUGAGGUUACUAGUCAGCUGUCAUGCCGGGUAGGGAGGCUUCAAGUGAUGCAUGACGGACAGCUCCGGUACUACGGGUCCACUUCCAACCUCAACCUCCUGGAUAUCCUGGUCGGUGCCGCUCCGCCAUGCUCAACAAAUGCACAGACAGAGGCACACGAAGUCUUAAAGAGUGCGGAGCUUGAUGUCCCAGUCGAUGAAACAUUCGAACAGCAUCUGCUGAAGCUCUACUUCACAUGGCAAGAUCCCUGUCUCCAUGUCGUGGACGAACACGUCUUCUGGAGGUCGAGAGCACAGAAUCUGUACGAUGACUUGGAAACACCAUACUACUCUUACACACUAGUAAAUGCUAUGUGUGCGAUCGGAGCUGCGUACGAGCCCCGAUACCACCCGAGUCUUGUAACCUUUCCUCGAUCGCUCGCUGAGUUCUUUGGUGACCGCGCUAAAGUACUCCUUGAAUUGGAACUGGAGAAUCCGUCAAUCGCCACAGUUCAAGCCUUGGUUAUUUUAGGUGGAUAUGAAGCCUCUUGCACGAGGGAUACGCGGGGCUGGCUGUACAGUGGCAUGGCUAUGCAUUUGGCGUUUGAUCUUGGACUUCAUCUGGAUAUGGCUCCGUACGUGGCCAAGGGCAUCAUCCCGUUGGAAAAUGCCGAGAUUCGCCGCCUGACCUUCUGGGGAGCAUAUAUGAGCGAGCAAUUCUGGGGUUGGUACCUCGGUCGUCAUACUCGAAACCAAUUGUCGGUGAUAACAGUCAAGAAGCUGGAUGGGUGCAAUGAUCCAGGAGCCGAAAAGUGGGAGCCAUAUGGCUCUCCGACCGCCUCGAACAACAUACCCGCUUUUCCAAACACAUUGGAGAAGCUAUCCUACGAAUGGAUCUCUCUCUAUGAUCUCCCAUUGCCACUGACCGAUGUUUUAUAUGGCAGCUCUUCUAUCUCUAUACGUGAAAUGCAGGAGCUAGCAGCCCACACAGUCGAGAAGCUCAAGUCGUGGAAAGCUGAUUUGCCAGCAGAGCUGGACUUUGACGAAUCCGAGAGUGGAGUUCAACCUCUUCCGCACGUGCUAGCUCUACACAUGCAGUAUUAUCAGCUGAUGAUUCACUGUCACCGUCCGUACAUCUCUCACGUUAUCCAGCCUCAGCCACCUCAGGGUCCAGGCUCAGGGCAUGCACGCAUGACAUGCAUCGAGUCGGCGAUAUCGAUAGCGAAACUGCUCGCCCUCUAUGAGCGAUACUAUAGUUUCCGCCGGGCCAAUUAUCUCGUUGUAUCCUUCGUCUUCUCGGCUGCACUAAUACUUAUUUUCAUCACGGUACCUCUCAAAGGGGAUGAUGAAGAUCAAGAAUUGAUGCAGCAUUUGAACACUUGUUUCCGUGCGCUAGAUGAGAUGGGCAGUCGCUUUGAGAAUGCGAGACGCACGAAUAUCUUUCUCACAACACUGCAGUGCGAGUGGCAGACUCGUCGGCGAGACACGAAGGUAUUUUCAGGAGCCAAGAGGAAGUUGCCGUACUCGUUCGCAACGACUGGUCGUCGGACUAUGACGCGAGAUGGGAGCCCCCUACGCUCAGCACAUGAUCAAAGCUGGUCCGCAGCAGCGGCAGGCCGAAUGGGAGAACAAGCAGGUGUUGACCUUCAACACUCAAUUGAUCUUCCUUCCAUCGAUGAUGGCUUGUCUUACUCUCUGGAUUUUAUGGAGUCCGAUUUGUGCAAUAUCCUUCUCAGCGAGGGCAUUCCGAGGGCGUUC